AUGGAUAUUCGGACAUGUUUAUGUAUAUAUGUAUGUAAUUCUUUGUGUAUUUGUUUGUUUGUGGUGGCACCUUGGUGUGUUGGUGUCCGGGGAAGGGGGUUCGGAUCAACGGAUGGGGCGUUGGUAGGGAAUGAGAGGGGGAGAGAGGGCGAGUGGCGCGGCCAAUGGCGAAGCAGCUGCGGUUUUUUAAAAAGCUUUAUUAUUUUCUUACUGAUUUUGUACGUUUUUUUUUUUUUUUUUUUUGUUUUUUUGCAGCUCGAAAGUGACGGCGCAUUUUUUUUUUUUUUUUUUUUGGCGAGCAGUGUGUUGACGCUCCCCCAUCUUGCCCUCCUUUUGCGCCCACUGUCAGACAUCAUGUCCGUUCCUUCCAUGUGCCUCAUUAUUUGCACUUCUUUUGUUUUUGCCAGCCAGUCGGGAUCUGCAGCACACAAGCCUGGGCAGCACAAAAAGUUUUUUUUUCUUUUCUUGUGUGCGUGUGUGCCACACUCCAUCGUUCUCCGCGUUUGUCGUUUUGGUGUUUUUCGCGAAGAAUUGCGCAGGAUGGCGGUGCAGGGCGCAGCAGAAAUGUUUAAGGCCUUUUUUCAGUCAAAAGAUGAGAAUAUGAAGUCAUUUCUUUGCUCCUUUGUGGAGCUUUCGGCGGCGGAACGCGCCCUUUUGGUUUUUGGCGAACAAAAAGGUGAAAAACCGGGUGGCACUGCGAUGGAGUCGCAUGCGGAUGCAGAGAUGUUCACGGCGAUGGUGCGGAACUUUCGUACUGACGCACAAAAUGGUAAUGACGAUAAUACGGCGGUUGCUAGCAUCAAAAAGGAUGGCGCUUCCAGUGGCGGUGCUGGGAAAGACCGUGAGGGUUUAAUGCAGGCACAGCAGCACGCAACGUCUUUGCACCUGGAUGGCACUGAAUUGGAGGAAGAAGUGCUGGAUGAGUCGAAAGCGCUUAAGACGUCUGCAAUGACGGCCUUCUUAAAUUACGGCCUUGCGGACGUUGUAACAACGUUUGACAACUUUAUUGGUGGUGAGACUGAAGCGGAAAUUGCAUUGACUAAAAAACCGUCGAUAGCCGAGAAGGUCAUGGAUCACCGAUCAUCAGUGGAAGAGACGGGGCCGGGCGGAACGACUCCUGCGGAAAGGAGUAAAGAGGACGGGAACAUCGUUGUUGAUGAAGGGACCACUUCCGCUGUGGAAGGUGUGCAGUCCGACUGGGAUGCCUUGCGUGAAGGAGGCGGGGAUGAUAAUAGUGACUAUGACGAUGACGAUGAUGAUGUAAGCUUCAGUGACGUUGAGCUGCCAGGGCUCGUAGUGAGUGCCACAUUGGAGGAACUUCCCUUGAAAGCUCAGCGGUGUGGCGUUUUUCUUUCUGCAACGGACCUUGAAUUGCUGCGGGACGACGAUGACGAAGAAGUGCAGCUGUUUGUCAUCGAUCCCUGUUUUGACUACGACGCCGACCCUGUUGGUAGGGCGGCGAGAACACACCCACCAUAUCUGCGCCUGUGA